CUCACAGAGAGAGAAAGAGCUCGCCGGUAUCGUCACCACCAGACCGCCUUUUACUCCAUCCACAAUCCCAAAAAAGCCCUAGAAACCCAAACCAUGGCUCCAAAUCUCGAAUGUCGGAUGUACGAGGCCAGGUAUCCGGAGGUGGACAUGGCUGUUAUGAUACAAGUCAAGAACAUCGCCGACAUGGGCGCAUACGUCUCACUUCUCGAGUACAACAACAUCGAGGGCAUGAUCCUGUUCUCCGAGCUCUCUCGCCGCCGGAUUCGUAGUGUCAGCAGUCUUAUCAAGGUCGGCCGCAUCGAGCCCGUUAUGGUUCUCAGGGUCGACAAGGAAAAGGGUUACAUCGAUUUGAGCAAGAGAAGGGUAUCUGAGGAGGAUAUUCAAGCUUGCGAGGAGAGGUACAACAAGAGCAAGCUUGUUCACUCCAUCAUGCGUCACGUUGCUGAGACUGAAAAUAUUGAUUUGGAGGAGCUGUAUAUUCACAUUGGAUGGCCUCUGUAUCGCAAAUACGGUCAUGCUUUUGAGGCAUUUAAAAUAAUUGUUACUGAUCCUGAUUCAGUUUUGAAUUCCCUCACCCGUGAGGUCAAGGAGGUUGGCCCUGAUGGGCAGGAGGUGACCAAGGUGGUUCCGGCAGUAUCAGAAGCGGUGAAGGAAGCUCUAGUAAAGAACAUCAGAAGACGAAUGACCCCCCAGCCCUUGAAAAUUAGGGCUGAUAUUGAAAUGAAGUGUUUUCAGUUUGAUGGAGUUCUUCACAUUAAGGAUGCAAUGCGGAAAGCUGAAGCUGCUGGAAAUAAUGAUUGCCCAGUGAAGAUUAAACUUGUCGCUCCCCCACUUUAUGUUCUUACCACUCACACUCUCGACAAGGAUCAAGGAAUAUUGGUUCUCAAGGAUGCUAUUGAAGCCUGCAAUAAAGCCAUAGAGCAACACAAGGGUAAACUAGUUGUGAAGGAGGCACCCAGAGCAGUGAGUGAACGUGAUGAUAAAUUGCUUGCUGAACAUAUGGCUAAGCUACGCCAAGACAACGAGGAGGUUAGUGGUGAUGAAGAUAGCGAAGAGGAAGAAGAUACAGGAAUGGGUGAAGUUGACGUGGAGGGUCAGGGUGCUGGGAUAACAGAGUGACAAAAAAUUGAGGGUUAAAAAGGCAUAGAGAACGACGGAUUUCGCUACAUUUUUGUUAGUUUUUUUUUUCCCCAAACAACAUUUUUGUUGCGAUUGUACAAUACACACUAGAUUAUUGUAUGUAGAGAUGUUAUGAUACUUGCGGAGCGAUUGAGGAGCGUCUUGAAAUGAAUGCUCAGUAAUCUGCCGAUAAAUCCAAUUUUAUCUCAUUCCAUAUGCAAUUCAAGCGUAAUCUUGGAAUAA